CCAACUGAUUGGUCAAAGUGGCCAUAAUUCGAACUGACCAUAGAUACUAUCUCACAUACAGUAGCUGAAGCAGGGCGGCGAUCAUGAAUAUGUUUUAUACUAUAGGGGCAUGCAUGCUGGCUCUGGGAGCUCUAUGCAUUCAAAUGUCAAAUGGCGCCACAACAUCGGUUCCCUCCGUAACAACUGGAAUUCAAACCGAGGCUACAACAAAUGACGUAACUACCGGAACAACACCACCAGGUGUCACUGAUGUAGUGACAGAUGCCCUUAACAACGCCACUGUCUGUCCACGAUUUACUACUCGUCUGGAAAACGAAACUCUCUACAUCUCUUAUAUCGAGGGAAGCUGUGACCUGGUUGUAACAGUAGAGAGAAUAUCACUGCCGCCAUUAAGGACACUCCAGCGCCUCAAUCGCAGACGACCCAGAGUGAUAAGGCGGCCCGUGGUCAGCUUCAGACCUGUGGGAUCAGAACUAGCCUCCUGUGAAUCUCUACCUAACCGAUCUCUGGGACCAUUCGUCUUUGUCGACACAGUAAUUGACGAAUGUCAGAUGUUGAUCAAGGUACAGAAACUAAAAAACGAGGCCUUUAUACCAGGUCAGAAAAGGCCAGGAAAGGGAGCCGGGAAAAGGCCCAGGAUCCCAAGGCGCUUUUUUGUCCCGGCCUUAGAUUAUCUUGAUGAGAUGGUGUAUUAAAUGAAUGUCCCCUACGUGAAAUCCAUUCUACAAAAUGUUGGUCACUUUUGCCUGAAUACCAAGAUUACAGUGGUGUGUGGUUCGUCUGAAAUGUUUACGUUGUAUUUUUCAUAUGUUUUUAUAGAAAAUAAAAAAAAACUAAAUCUA